CAGAUUGGGACUGAAAAAUGCUGCUACUGCACACACCCUUCCGGUGGGAUGGCAUUGAGGUGAGCAGUAGCGUUGCUAUGGGCAGUUGCGCAGGUAAACACAGACACAGACGUUUCAUUACGCAUCUGCCGCGUCACGCCCGUCUGAGACUUGUCAUUCGCUCUCUCACUUUUUUACCUAACACCUGGAGGAGAAAGCCACAGUUCAACGAUACAACGCACAUCUGUUUCAGUGGAACGACGCAAUACAACCAACUACAUAAUGAAUAAUAAGCAACCCAAGACAUGACAUCUAUACAUUUAGGUGUACAUAGUUGGGUUAGGUUACCCUACUGAGUACUGAACUCAUUAAAACGAUUGUAAUAAUUUGUCUGUGGACAUUUCAAAUUCAAGCCAAUCGAAUGUUUCAAAGAAAAUACUGCCAGCUUUUUGUCAUUUUGCAUCAAACCCUAUAUUUUGCAUUAAUGCUGCUGUUUCACCAGCGACAUCAGAGCAGAAAAGAUGAUCGGUGUUUAAACAAAGCCAUCUAAACAAUGCCACUUCCUUGCUGGAGAUAAAAAAAUAAAAAAAAACGUAGGUGGGAAUUUAAACGGCUGUUACUAAAAUGGGAGUGCGACUUAUGAAUUUACAAAGUUCCUUUCCACCUUAAAGCAUUAGCUUUGCUGAGUGACAAGGUACCUGGAUCAGGUACCGCUUGGGUCAACCGGAAACUCCACCCAACUACAGCUCCGCCCAAACGAAACAGAUCGCACACAGGCACACACCCCUGCUCAGAACACUCAGGGCGGUCCACUGUGUCUGAGGUGGAUCUCGAACAUUACAUUUGUAUACAUAUCAGUCAGAGCGCAAAUAAACCAGUGCAUCGAUAGCAUUAAACAAUUCUAAAUAGUUUUUUUUUUCUACUUUCGUUUGGGACAACACCGCCAUUCCGUGUGCUCCUUUUCGGCCAACGCAAUGAGUACGAGUAUUUCCUCAGAUGGUGUCUUUCUGUCUGCCCUACAGCCCAACACCUCGGUCAGUACCUACGCACUCCCCGGGGAGGUCCAGCUCAGUCAUGGAAGCACACUUUCGGACGCAGAAUCGAGGGCAAGACGCGUCCAGCAGCAAGUAGCAUUACGUCUGGCAGAGAAGACAUCUACGAUUCCGCGACAGAACGGCUCCGUCUCCCAAUACGCCACGUCAGAGUAUGGCGGCGGGUCUUCAUCCAUGAAAUACCAGACAAAUACCAACCCUGGGUUCAGCUCCCGCUCCCUCCACUACAGCAGCAACAGAGGCGUGGGUCCUGCCCUGGCUCAGUACGCCACCAGUAGAGGCUACUCUUCCCGCUCUGCCGCUGACGGCGGAACCCGCCCCAGGAUGAGCAUGGGCGAGGGUGGCGGUGGAGGGGGAAGGGCAAACAGCAUGUAUUACUAUGAUGACAUGCAUCUCGGGGGAGGAGGAGGAGGAGGGGAAUAUCGUGGGGGUGGUAGUGGUGGUGGGUAUCAUACCAUCAGCGGUUACCAGGCAACAGGAGGUUUCCACGGUGGCGGAGGCGGUUACCAGGUUGCUGGCGGUGGCGGAGGCGGAGGCAGUUACCAGGUUGUUGGAGGUGGUGGAGGCGGUUACCAGGUUGGUGGAGGCGGUUACCAGGUUGGCGGAGGCGGUUACCAGGUUGGUGGAGGUGGCGGUGGCAGUUACCAGGUUGUCGGAGGUGGCGGUGGCGGUUACCAAAUGACAACUGUGCACACCCAAAGUCGCGCUGCACCGCCACCAGACCUUGAAACGAUGUCGCUGCAUUCAAUCCAAAUGCAACCGAACACGGUCGCCGCUUGGAUGGCGCGGGACGACAGCGACGGCAGCGUUGUGUCCGAACGCAACGCCACGUUCCCCAAAAGCAAGCAGCACGCCUUCUACACCUCCAACGGCAUCACGCAGUCCGCCAGCUCCUCCGCCACUCAGCUGAGGACCUCCGCCACCCUGCCCCCCAUGAGGCGCUCCCUGAGCGGGACGCUGGCGCAGUCUGGCGGCGGCAUGGGCAUGGAAGAGAGCGUGGAGCGCCAGUACUCCUUCAAAGGGCCGGCACACCGCACCAUCAGCCGCAUCGCCCAGCGUAAUAACCGCAUGAGCAUGGGCUCGACCAGCGGAGGCUCCGUGUACGGAGGAGGAGGAGGAGGAGGAGGCGGCUUCAUCAUGUCGUCCGGGUCGCAAAACAACCUGGGGCGUAUAAGCAGAGCCAUGUCCACCAAGAGCAUGCAGAGCGUGGGGAAAGGCCUGGAUGUGUUCGACGGACAGAUGACAGGAAACAUGGACCUCAGCAGACUGGACAGCCUAGACAUGCCCACUGCCAUCAACUAUCUGGAGACGUCAGAUUCUGCCCUUCAGAUGUUGGGUGCUGCAUACAUUCAGCAUGAGUGCUACCAUGACAAUGAGGCGAAGGCCAUGGUCAACCAAAUGAAGGGCAUUCCCCUGCUGGUGAGCCUGUUUAACAGCGAGAGCGAGGAGGUCCAGCGCUACGCUACAGGGGCAGCACGCAAUCUCAUCUAUGAGAACAUGCCCAACAAGGUGGCUCUGAUCGAGGCCGGGGGCAUCCCGCAGCUCAGCGAGGCGCUCAAGCACCCUGACGACGAGCUCCGCAAGAACAUCACUGGUAUUCUGUGGAACCUUUCCUCCAAGGAUAACCUGAAGGAGAAGUUGGCUAGAGAGACACUGUCUGAGCUGACAGCGAGUAUCCUGGUGCCACUGUCAGGAGUGGAUAACCCAGACUUCAUCGAACAUAACGCCUCAGAGAAGGACAUCUUCUUCAACACCACUGGCUGCCUCAGGAACCUGAGCUCAGUGAAUGAGAAGACCAGGCAGCAGAUGAGAGAGACCAAUGGGCUGGUGGACACACUGGUGGGAUACAUACAGAGCACCCUGGAGGACAGCAGGGUGGAGGAGAAGGGUGUGGAGAACGCCAUGUGUGUGCUCAGGAACCUCUCCUACCAGCUGUACACUGAGAUGCCCCCCUCCGCCAUGAUGAGACUGGAGGGACCUUCCAGGGGGCAGGAGGUUUCCAAAGCCGAGGCCAUGGGCUGCUACACCCCUCAGAGCAGGAAAGCCAAAAAAGGGCAGAACCACGACCUGAUGACCUUCACAGAGGUGGCCAGGGUGCCCAAGGGCAUCGAGUGGCUGUGGCACCCGCAGGUGGUGGGGCUGUACAACCGUGUGCUCCAGCGCUGCGAGAUCAAUGCCACCACACGCGAGGCAGCAGCCGGUGCCCUGCAGAACAUCACAGCUGGCGACAAACGGUGGGCCUCCAUCCUGAGUCGGGUUGCUCUAGAGCAGGAGCGGAUGCUGCCUGUGGUUCUCGAUCACCUGAGGACCACUAAUGACCUGGAGCUGCGCUCUCUCACAGGGUUCCUCAGGAACCUGUCCCGCCAUGCAAACAACAAGAACGACAUGGCCACAAAGGUGGUCAACAACCUGGUGAGCAAGCUUCCCAGUGACGGGCAACAGACAGAGCCAUCCAGUGACGUGGUGGUCAACAUCUGUGGGACACUCAACAACCUGGUGACCAGCAGCGAGGUCGCCGCCAGGGACAUCACCUACUUCGACGGCCUGCCCAAGCUGAUAGGCAUCAAAACGUCCCAUGACAACAGUGCUGGCAGGCUGAAAGGAGCAAAGGCAGCAGCGACCGUCCUCUCCAACAUGUUCCAGUACAAGAAACUACACAAGGAGUACAAAAAGAAAGGAUACGGGAGACAGGACUUUGCUGACAUGACCAUCUAAGUCAUCUGCAGCAUUGCAACAGAGGACACAUGGACACCUGUUUGUAACCGUGGGAACGAUUAUUGCUGGGUGGAACACUCUGACUCUGCCUGUUGGCAUGGGAAUGCACAGCCCAGCACUAUGUACAGAGACAACAGUAUACAACGUCAACAAAGGAACUCUGGUGGCAAGUGCUCAGAAGCACUUUAAAACCCCCUCUCUCCUCUCUGGUGCAUCAUCUCUAUCAGGGACUUAAAAAUAUAUCUAUGCAGUCUACUGAGUCUGGUAACAGUCUUCAUCUAUGAGAUUUGACAGGGACUUUAUAGGGCUCUAUGCCUGAACUGUAAACAAUCCCACCAAUUCUCUUCAUUAUGGGAUGUUCCUGUAAAGAAUGUUGUAGUCCAAUGUAUAGAAUAUAUAGUUUAGCUUUUGUACUUUCAAGUCCGCUCACUCAGCAACUUUAAAUAUACUAUGUUUAAGAAUGGUGAUGUAAACUUUUUGUAAAUGCACCAAAAUGCAAAUAAGAGAGACAUAAUCCACAGGUAAUAAUGAGGUAACAAUGACAGUGAAAGGUGUGUAGUCACUCUAUCGUAUUCUUGACCUUGGGACAGAAAGGAGUUAUCUUCAGAAAGCAACAGAUAAAACAAAACCUUUGGACUGUUGAAGAAAUGCAUGAAGUGUAAGAUAAAAUGGCAUCUUUCUAGCACCUCAAGCAUCAAGUCUCAACACCAGCCAACAGAGGAAUUCAGCCUUUCAGUCUAGAUUUGUUUACCUCCAGCUCUGUUUUCUUUGCAUUUUACCUCUCCUUUUGGUUCUCUAACUGACAAUGGCUUCUGUUUCACAAACUCAGUGGAAAGCCUUCUCAGUGGUCCUCUACACGGUGUCUUGAUGCUUUUAUUUCAUUUGUAUAAAUAUGGUGAUAGCUUAUAUGCAUGUGACGCUACAGGUUGUUCUCUCACAAGUAGAGAGAGUAAACUGGUUUAAGGUGAGGUAUUGCUCUGGUGUUGCUGGUUUUAGAAUAUCAUAUGAUUAUCAAAUAGCAGUCCAUGCUGAAAGAGAUGAGACUCAGGUCCGUAUCCUGCAGAGGCCCAUUGCUUACAUGAGCAUGGAUUCUGUGCAUAGUAUCUUCAGGUGUCUGCAAGAUGUAUUACUGGUGUCUGUUAUCAUGAGUCUUUGCAACUAACAAAGUGUUGUUCUCAUUUCUUUAAUGUGUAUUUUUACAUAACGUUCUGUACUUCACAUUUUUACAGUCUGCCAUCGUGUUUUAAUGAUAAGUAACAUCUGUUUGAUUUUUAGGUAUGGGGAUAGAUAAUAAUUUAAUUUUAUAUGUCUGGCAUACUUUCUCAAGCUAUAUUUGUAACAGAUAUACAAUUAUGGAAUCAUAUGGAAUGUAUGUUGACGGUUUGUCAUAAAUUUGAUCCAAAUUGUUUAUUUAUUUGCAUAAAUUGUGUAUUUAUUUGCACACAUUUGAAUGUCAACAGUUUGUAGUUCUCAUUUUGAAUGUAUCUAUUUUCUAAAUUGCAAAAAACUGUUGAGUGAAAUUUGCCAGAGGAAAAAAUGAAAAUCAUGAGUAAAAUCCUCACUCACAUGGUCACACACAUGAACUCAAUUAAUUUGACUAGGCCACGUCUAAAACAUGGCCUCCCACAAAGCGACUGACCUUGGAAUAGCUCUGAGUCGGUCUGUACCAGGCCCAGGCCCAGGAACCUCUACUGCUUGACCAUUUCAACCAAACUAUAAAAUGAAGAUGCAGUCUUCCCUAUAUAUACCCUAAUAUACACACAAACACAUAGGCUGGGGUAAAUAAUUGGGGUUUAUUUGAAUGGAAAAUUCCAUAUGUGGGCUAUUUGCUUUUGCUGAAACUAUUAUUUACAACAAUCUUGCCUUUUCAUUAACUGCACUGAAAUCUGAUUAGGCAUAAGUACGUAGUAACCUGGAAAUGCUCACAGCUCUCUCACAGACUCGGAAGUCAGUGUCACUUGUGUCUUUUCUAACCAGCAAUAUUUUAGUUUUUGGUCUGGAAUGCUGUCAAUGGGAUCAGUAGUCUUAAGCAUAUCUGCACAUGUAAAUGCCUUAAUAAUGCACAAAGACCAAAUAAAGCUGAAAGAGUGUCUAAAUAAUGGAAUUACUGAAUUAAACAGUCAGGUUCAUGUUCA